GUCUUUUCCUAUAUAUCUUCUAUUCUGCUGCGUUUUUAAUCGUUAUGGUUUAGACUUAUACGAUAAUUUUAAUGCUUCUUCUAUUCAUAUUGUACUAUAUUUUUGAAUUGUUUAAUCGCUAAAAUGUUCGCUCCUCGUUUUGCAAUGGCCGUACGUAAUGGCGCUGGCACUGUAACCCGAGGGCGGAUAGUCUCUCCGAACAGAUCUAUAAUCGACUCACAUAUACCACAAUCGCCGGCUAGCAUGAUUGCGUCAAAUUUUUCGACUUCUGGUUCCAAACUCACAGAGAAAAAGCCUACGAAGAACCCUCCUAAAUCUCCCGAGGAACCUCCGCCUAUGCAAUUCAGUUUCGAAGGACUUGGGUUGAGUCGAAACACCAAGAUCGCGGUUCUCGUGAUUUUAAGCAUCUUCGGUACGAUAGAGACUAUUUUCUGGAUUAAAUGGAUUGGGCGUUGGUUCUCCGGCGCUAAAAAUGACGAGUCGGAAAACAAGGCUUGAGCUUUGUUUUGCUCCGGACCACGCUCCCAUCGGGCUAUAUGAAGUCAAUUAAAUAUAGCCCAUCUUCGAAAUCAGCCAAAGAAUCGCUUCUCUACUCCACAAAACACAUUGUACCAUAUUGAUGCCCUAAGAGGGGUAUAUUCACCGCUCAAUUCAAACGAUCUCAUGAUCAUGAAGGAUCAGGUGCCGGGUUGAAGAACGAGGACUGCCUUGGAAGGGCUGCUAAGCAUUGUACUGCGCCGUGGUGAUUCGGCAUAGCGCAACUCGGAUAAACCUCUCAUUAUAAUGAUAUUGAAUCUCCCCUCAAACUCAUGAAUUAGGAUGAAGAAUUCGCUCUGUUUAGGUAUUAUAAUGCACAGAUUGGUUGAAGUCCUUGGACCGACUCAUCCGGGGGGUAUUGCCAGGUUUCGUUGUUGGGUCGUUAGGGCACCAUUCGCGCCAUCCCGAGCUCUGUUAAGCUUAUCAAGGCUUUAUAAGAUUAGCGAUGGAGAGGCUUCGGGUGUUAGCGCGUCCUAUGCGGUGAGAAAAGCUCGAAAAUCUCGGCCGCGUCUUCGGUGCAGCAGCUGUAUCUAGGCCUUUCAAGUUUGUAAGAUAGACGCUCAUGCAACCUAAGGAAGCAAUAAAGUCAGCAUUAUAUCCUUG